AUGCACGUCGGCAAACGAAGCACGAGGAUGACAACAGCAGCUUCGAGCUCAAGCUCGGAAGCUUUCGGACGAGCUGAAAGCUCCAAUGCAUCGGCAGGCAUAGCCGGCAUCGGCGCUGGCCGAACAGGUGCCGCUUCCUCUUACCGCUCCUAUGCCUUUGCGGAUAAACGUGUUCCUCACGAACAGACCACAGCUGCAUAUUGGAACGCAUUCGAUUCCACCCAGGCUGCCGAUCCAUCCCAGAGCCACGGCGGCUUGCCCAGUGCACAGUCGAUAUCAUCCUUCGACACACAACCUCGUGCAUUCGAUGCCGGGAGGUUGCCAUCGGCGGGCUCCCUACACACCUCUCGAUCCAUGCAGCAUCUUCCGGCAUCCUCCGUCGACUCUGCAACUGAAUCCGUAUCUCUGAGUUCGCGUCAGCAUGCUGUCUCGGAAGCAGAGCUGCUGGCCUUUGUGAAACAGAAGCGAGCGAGCUCCGAAACACUGCAAAAAUCCUCCAGUCACGAUCACACUACGCAACCCAAGGAUGGCAACGACAGGUCUCACCCUCUAGAUACCCUCGACCUUUGUCACAAGCGUAUGGACCGCGUCCCUGAUGCUUUGAUCGAUAUGAUCAAGGAUCAAGUCGUUCGGCUCGCCCUCGGCUACAACCAUCUCACCCGUCUACCUGACCGCUUCGUCGAUCUCAACGGCCUCAGGUACCUCAACAUCCGUGCCAACAACUUCGCUCACUUUCCCGAAUGCGUCACCAAGAUGCCCAACCUCGAGAUUCUCGAUCUCAGCCGCAACAAGGUUCGCAGGUUGCCCGAGCUUCCCGGUCGUCUCCUCGCCCUUCGCGUGCUCUCAAUGAACGCCAACCGCCUGACCGAGCUCCCCUCGUGGGUCGGCAGGAUGAAACAUCUCCGCAUUCUCAAACUCGACAACAACCCGCUCGAGUGGCCGCCACUUCACAUUUCGAAAAUGCCCAACGUCGCCCCACCCAAGCCGCCUUCCUCUUCGGGCAGCUCGUCAGCUGCCGAGCGCGAAAAGGUCAAGCGGUUCGAAGACCGUCAGAUGCUGGUUUGGAUUGCAAAGCUGCGUUCGUGGAUCAACGACCCUGCCAACCAAGUACAGUCGCCCGCGUCAGCGAUGUCGGAUCAACAGUCAGCCGCACGAGCAGGAUCGCCAGCUGCAAAGCUCCCAUAUGAUGGUGCGGUCCUCGCCGGCUCGAAGAACAUGGACCGCAACGAAAUUGCUCCGUCACAAUCCGAUGGUCUCAUGUCGCUCCAGGUUCAGGUGCCCGAGAGCGUCUCAGACCGUGCGCUCAGGGCCGAUCCGACCGAAGCACCGCCAGACGAUCCCAGUCCGACAGCACCCAUGGACACGAGGGACGCCCGCAUCAAUACAGCGAGCAACAAAGAAGAGGUGUCAGCACCCGGCUUGCUGCCUCCCCUGGUCCCGCAACCGACGCCGAAGGAAGGAUCGACCAGCGACCUCAAGCAAUUCGCAGAUUCGGUCCCGUCACACUCAAGCAAUGACGCGCAAGCUCAUUCCGCGCAGCUGGUGCAAUUGCCGCCGACCUCUCGAGCGAAGUCCACUGCCGGUCAUCGGGAUGAGCUCGCGCGCUGCAUCACUGACGAGGACGCAGACGCACGUCAGCAUGCUCGGAACAAUUCGCAUUCUGUUGCCCAAGACAUUGUCGCCACUCACCAGAUGGAGGGUCGUCGAUCUCUCAAGAGCAAGAAAUCGCUGCCUGACCUACGCAAAAGCCACGAAGAAAUUUUGCAGGAGCGGAGGGAUAUGCUUUCCGAUCUGAGCGCAGCACAAACCGCCAAGCAGACGAUCGUGCAGGAUGUGGACAGGCCAAGCGUUGAAAAGAGCCAGCCGUCCACUCUAUCUUCAGCUGCCUCCACCCCUACUGCACAUGCCACCACAGAUGCUGACCUUGAUGCGCAGUCAAAUUCCUCGUACAAUAAUGUCGUGCAGUCUUCGAACAGGAAACCGUUGUUGCAGACGCGUCGCGCCCUCCGACCCACUCUGGGCAACGGUAUGGCGCCCUCGGCUCGUCCAGCAUAUGAAGGUGUCACAGGUCAGUCCACGUCCAAUGGAACGAACAGUGCACAGGGGAAUCAUUCGGUCCCAAGUCAAGGAGGCGGUCUUCGAAAGCUGAGCUUGCCUACGGUAGGCGCAACACAGGCCGCUGCCGAAGCAGCUGCAGCCGCUCUCGCUGCUCGACAUGGCUACAACAACUCUCCCGCACGCUUCGACCUCGGUCACGGAAGGAUGGCAUCCGAUCGCGGCGAAAAUCACUGGCCGUCCAACUCAGCUUCACCUACAGUCAAUGCACCGCGCACUGCAGCGGACCAGGAGAGAAACAGCUACUUCCGACGCCUCUCCACGUUGCCACCUUCCACCAUCUCGAAGGCUGUACCUGCACCUGUGCUCAAAUUCGUCGAUGGCACGCGCGGAGUCCUCUUCGCGCUGUCGCAGAUUCAUGCAGCCAUCGGUCAAUUCAUGACACCCGUCAUCGACGAGAGGAUCUCUGGUCAAUUCCAUCGACUGCUCGACAUCUCCAACGGCUCUGUCGCCAACCUCAUCAAUGCAUUGGACCGUUUCGAUUCGCUCUCUCGACGUGGCACGCCCGAUCCCAGCGUCAUUCGAGGUGUUCUCGUCACGUGCAAAGACUCGGUCAUCACCUUCCGCAAGCUCAUCAGCGUCCUUCAACUUCAGCUCCGCGCGUUGCAGAGCAGCUCGGACGUGCGUUAUGCGAGGACGCUGCUCUUGAUGCUGUACGGCAGCAUGGCCGAAGUGAGCAACAGCUGGGCAGAGAUGGCACCUUUGGUCGAGGCGGUACAGCCGUACCUCACUCAAGUCGAACUCGAGAGCAGCUCGCCGGUGUCUUCCGAGCCUGCCACUGCCACAACGGCGUCGGAAAAGGCGACGCCGCCCUCCGCGCGUGCAGGCACGCUCCUUCAAAAGAGCAUCAGCAACACUAGCAACGGCUCCACUUCGAUGCUGCCAAGCAUUGCAGAGGCUUCGACACCAGUCCGCGCCGGAAGUCGCCCGUACAUCCCUAGGGGCCCCAGCCGACGACGCCAUGCAGGCUCCUUCAGCGCACAGGAUCUGGCACAAGGCGCGGCGAUGACGCCAAGCAACAGCAAUCAGCCUCCGUUCAAUCUCGAGGACCUCCAAGCUGCCUCUGGAUUUAACACGCCGGGGCGCAGUGGCAGGAACCGUCGUCAAGGUAGCGUGGGCAACAGCGCGAGCAGCGCUGCCACGUUCGCCCAGUCCGAGACGUCCGACCGAAGUGCUACCGCGGAUGGAGUACAUUCCACGGCACCAAGCACUCCAGGUGUCACCGGUCCCAGCGCAGCCGCACAACGCACCAUCUACGCUACUCCAGGGGCUAUGAGCACGCCGACAUCGUCAAGGCAGAAUCGCACCGACUCAAAUGCAAGCUCGGCUGUAGGAGCAGGCACGCCAGGAGCGUCAGCAGUGAUGCCCCGAAGCCAGUCGACGACGCCUGCAACGCCUGCUGCUGCUGCUCCUGCUGCUGCCGCAUCUCAGAGGAGCCUAUAUGCCGCGACACCCUCUUCUGCAAAUGCAGCGGCCGCACCGGGGGCUGGUCCUGCUGCAGCGGGAAGCAGGCUUCGUGCCAUUGUGUCGGAUCCCAAGAUCACAGUUGAUGAUCAUUUGCUCGAUAUGGUGGACAACAUCACCAAGCUAUCGGCUCGCGUUUGGUCGCUACUAUUUGAACAUCUCAGAUCGGCGGGUGUCGACAGUGAAUUGACGAGCAGCUCGCCCGAGACCUCACCGGUGGACGACAAGCAAGGUCCUGAGCCACAGGCAGACGACAGCUCAGCAGCUGCAAUGAACUUUUCUGGAUCCGAUGGUGAAAAAGAUGCCGAGGCAUCACAAUAUGAAAAGGCUACAGGAAAAGACGAAGCAUUGGAUGCAAAGCUUCGCGAGCUUCGAGAUCUUGCACAGAUCACAGACGACCUCACCUCGCAGCUGCGCUCGACCUACCUGCGCGCUCGUGAAGAAGAGCAUCGACGCACCUCGAUCGACGACGAUGCUGCCACAAGCUCGGCUGUUGGCGCAAUCAAUGCACCGGUUGGAGCAGAGGAUGGAUCGGAAACCGUAUCUGCUGCUUCACUCGGCCGUCCUGUCGCAGAUCCAUCGCCGGAGAACAUCCUACCCACAACGGCGGCGAAACUGUUUGACGAAUCGCACCAGUUUGUACGGGCCAUCGUCAACACGUCUACGCUGAUCAAGACGGUGAGCGUUUCACACGAGUUUCCGAGGGAAGUCAGGCGGUUGCUGGGGCAGGUGGCUCAGGCAUGUUCGAACUUGACGGUGUAUUUGCUCUGGUUGAGUCCGACCAGUGUUGCGUAG